UCAUUUUUCAAAACUUAUCUUUCACUCUGCUGGGGUAUCAUCCUCCUCAAGACCAUUCAUGGAAUCGCAGAGCAUCUCUCAUGGCCUCAGUUAUAUACCUCCGUUGAAGCUGAGGUGAAGCUGUUCCAGACUCUUGCUAUUUUGGAAAUCUUUUUUUUUCAUGUGGUGCAUGCAAUACUUGGUCUGGUUCGCUCUCCUGUUGGAACUACAAUCAUGCAAAUCACGAGUCGUGUAGUAUUGGUUUGGCCGAUCCUCCACACAUGUUCGAUAGCACGAGGAAGCGUUGGAGUUCCAAUGCUGUUGAUGGCAUGGUCGGUCACUGAAGUAGUGAGAUAUUCGUAUUACGCUCUUGCCCUCUUCAACCCCAUCUUACUUCAGCUUUAUUUUUCUAGGUACACAUUCUUUAUCGUUCUGUACCCUCUCGGUGUUACCGGCGAGCUUUUGACUCUCUUCGCCAGCCUUCCUGAGGUCCACGAAAAGAAGUACUACUCAUUGGAAAUGCCGAACGCGCUUAACAUGGGUAUCUCCUUUUACUGGGUAUUGAUUGGAAUAGCACUAUCUUACAUUCCAGGUUUUCCUCAAUUGUACUUAUAUAUGUUCGCUCAACGCAAGAAGGUGCUGUCGACUGAUGCAGUGAAGAAGAAGAUGUAG